GAGGCGAGGCGGCGUCCUUGUCUGAUCGCGCGUUUGACAGCUCUUCCGCGGAGGAUCUCCGCGUGGAGCGUCCGACAGUCUCUGACGUUUCACCGAAAUAGCGUCCGGCUCUUUUUCGUGGAAUUCGUCCGGAAACACGGCACCGCCUUGUUUCGUUACUCACAUUACAUAUACACGCUCCGCGACGAAGCUCAUUAGUUUAUCUUAUUCCUUCAUCGGAACAUAUCCCCCCUCGUUUUCGAUAAUUGUGAUGAGUUUCUUUUUUUCGCGCAGUGAUUCUUACGUGUCGAAAUUUAUUUAUAACAAUCUCUUUGUUGCAUCGGUUUUAUUACCCUUGUGUAAGUGAGAUAUCAAGGAAAGAAAGGAGCUAAAUUGAAGCACAGUUACGGUAAUUACCACAAAAAUGUCAAAGAAACCAGGAGCUACCCAAGCAAUGCAUAAAGUUAUAAUGGUCGGGAGUGGAGGUGUUGGAAAAUCUGCUCUUACGUUACAGUUUAUGUAUGAUGAGUUUGUUGAAGAUUAUGAACCUACAAAAGCAGAUUCCUACAGAAAGAAAGUUGUAUUAGAUGGAGAGGAGGUACAAAUAGAUAUCUUGGAUACUGCAGGACAAGAAGACUAUGCAGCAAUUCGAGACAAUUACUUUCGUAGUGGAGAAGGAUUUCUCUGUGUAUUCUCAAUAACAGAAGAUGAUAGCUUCCAAGCUACACAAGAAUUUAGAGAACAAAUUCUCAGGGUAAAAAAUGACGAGAACAUUCCAUUUUUAUUAGUGGGAAAUAAAAGUGAUUUACAAGAAAAAAGGAAGGUUAGUCUAGCUGAAGCUCAAGCAAGGUCUCAACAAUGGGGUGUUCCUUAUGUGGAAACAAGUGCUAAAACAAAAGAAAAUGUGGACAAGGUAUUUUUCGACUUGAUGCGUGAAAUAAGGUCACGCAAAAUUGAAGAUAAGUCAGCAAGCAAUGGUCGAGGUAAAGACCGUGCCAAGAGGAAGAAAAAGAAGUGCAUUAUUCUAUAGGUUUUCUUUGAUCUAAUGCGAGCAAUAGCUGCUCGCAAGGCACAGGAAAACCAGGGAGAUGGG